CGCCCCCGCCCCCGCCGCCUGCCCAGCGUACCCCAGAAGCCACCAUGACCGUUGCAGCGCCAGAGAACGUCCGCGAGGUUACCUCGCCCGAGCACUUCCAGGAGCUCCUGUCGGCUGAUCUCGAACGGGUCUCCCUGAUCAACUUCUGGGCACCAUGGGCAGAGCCAUGCAAGCAGAUGAACGACGUCGUGCUGGAGCUGGGCAGGAAGUACCCCCAGCUCCUCGUCCUCCAGGUCGAGGCAGAGACACAGUCAGACAUCUCCGAGUCGUUCGAGAUCGAGUCCGUCCCCGCCUUCAUCAUCCUCCGGGGGCACACCCUCCUCGGGCGCAUCUCGGGCGCAGACGCACCCGCGCUCACCGACGCAGUCGCCAAGCACACCAAACCCCCCGCUGCCGUCAAGCCCCUGGCGAAGACCGACCGCGCCCCCGCCGCGGCCGAGGCGCUCUCCGAGAAGGAGGAGACCCAGGAGGAGCUGAACGAGCGUCUGCGCGCGCUCAUGAACAAGGACAAGGUCGUCCUCUUCAUGAAGGGCGAGCCGGACGCGCCGCGGUGCGGCUUCUCGCGACGCAUCGUCGGGCUGCUGCAGGACCAGGGCGUGCCGUUCGCGCACUUCGACAUCCUCUCGGAUGAGAAGGUGCGCGCGGGGAUGAAGACGCUCAACAACUGGCCGACGUUCCCGCAGCUGAUCGUCAACGGCGAGUUCGUCGGCGGCCUGGACAUCGUGCAGGAAAUGGUGGAGAACGGCGAGCUCAAGGAGAUGGUGGCGGCGUGAGGCCUGGUGUACGAGUAUGUUUAUCCGCGGUUCCGUCGGCUGUACCAUUGCUUUCGCCAUUGUAGACAUGUAUCACAUGCAUCCGAGGAUAGGACGCCCAACAGAAUGUAAUUUACACCCCUGUAUCUUGAAACCCGAUCGUCUCUCAAA